GACGCAAGAAUAUCAAAAGCUGACAAGCGUCAGGUUUUUACAUUUUAAUGCACCUAUUAUUCAUUUACCGAUCGUCAAGUAAGCACUUACGUCUCUAUCAGUUCUGUCAGAAUAGAUAACUUGAAAAAAUAGCGAAUGUUUAUCUUUCAUCACCGGUUAUUCUUUCAGGAAACAACCAAGUGCCUUUUUCCGCGUGACGCUUGGACGCAAACUUGCUCUACAGAUCACUCUACGCGAAGCAGAGAAGACAUGUGGACGUUUAGAAUGUUUUACAAUGAAUGUUGUCAUUCGUUAAUUUUGUGUAAGUGUCUUAUUACGUGAACUUCUAAUUUGGAGAUUUUUCGUCACGUCGCAUCUGCAUACCGUUUCUAGGGCAACAACUGAACGCUUUUCUUAAAAAAACAAAACAAACAAAAAAAAUGGUCGACAUCACUGCAAAGUUAUUUUGGUACCGCACUAAGGAGUGGUACGAAAUCAUGGCCGACAAAGUAAACGACAUUGUGUAUACAGAUGAAACGAAAGAGACUGUUAAUGUGAUUAAUUUAUUACUAUUGGGAUGGAUAUUGCUAGGUUUAAUUGUUUACCUUCUAGGAAACUUUGUAGCGAAUUAUUUUAAAAAGCAAAAAAAUAUUUUAUCUUCUCGCAAUUCCGAAACUGCAGACGACGUUUCUAAACUUACGGAACAUGUGCCGUCUGAAUCUGAAGUUGAAACAGAAGUUGAAAAUAAUGUGCAAGAGCUAGAAAAACUUCAAUUAAAGCGUCAGAUUCCAACGUGUGAGGGAGAUGAUCCUGAAAUAGUGGAAUGGUUUAAUAAAUUGUUUUUAUGGAUUUAUAAUCAACGCAUUGUUUCACCUAUUUUAGAUGCAUGGAUUUCUGCAUUAAAUGCACGGACGCGAUUAUCAUCUACCGAGCAUGGAAUUUUAGUGGACUUCAACGAAGUCAUCCACACAUCUUCAGCACCUAAAGUUACAAAUGCCUUUCAAUUUCAAAGCUCCAAAAAUGAAUGUCCUAUUCUUACAUGUGAUACUGAAGUUGAAGAUGUUGCGUUUGACAUUAUUGUUACACAGUUUAAAGAAAAGGAAAAAGUGUCUCAGCAUUUCACUUUAGUUGUUAAGAGGCUAGCUGGAAAGGCUUACAUUGAAUGCAUGCCAGAAGAUGUAUCAUUUGCUGCUAAAUAUUCUGAAGUUCCUCAAGUUCAAUUGUCCGUUGGAUUUGCAACCAGUGGAAACAGUGCAGCUCAAAUGAUUGAUUCAGGAGACAUACAACCAUUAAGUGAUUUAGUAUGUGAAAUUUGCCAUGAAGCGUUUGCAUCUGCGUUAAUUAACUUUCGAUUAGCUUGUUUUCCUGAUUGUCCCAGACUUUCACCAAAAUUUUAUGCUGGAGAUGAAGAGAUUACAUCUACUCAAGUUAGUGAUGACAAACAACUCUUAGUUAAAAUUAUCAAAGCUUCUAAUCUGGGAGGAAGCCAAGGUUGCCUUAAACCAUAUUGUGUUGUUGAAAUGGAUGAACCUCCUCAAAGGUUUGAGACACAUUGUGUAGAAGAAAAACACAAUCCUUUUUGGGAUGAGUCCUACACAUUCACUGUUAAAGAUAUAUCAGCAGAACUGUUAUUUGAAAUUUAUGAUAAAGAAAAACCGUCCACUGAAAAUUUCCUCGGGUUGGGGAUUGUCAGCAUCGAAGAACUGUUACGAAAUCCUAGUCAGCGCCAGAUGAUUCCUCUUCAAUCUCGACCACUUGAAGAUGAUGAUGUCACUGGCACUCUGACAGCAGAGUUCUUGUUUUUGAAUCAACUUACUCCUGUAUCAGAAGCUACCCAUUUGUCUCAGGUGAAUGCAAGAAGUGAUCAGUUAAGCGAAACAGGCAAAAGUGUAGAGACUAACUGUCGAGUUACAGCCGGGGGCACAGUUAUUACCACAACAACUAUUAAAAGGACUAAUGAAGAAAUUGUCCAAUCUCCAGAAGCUACUUCUAAUCUGCACGCUAAUUCUAUGCAAAGCGCGGAGCAUAAUGUAACAAACACCCCAGAUGCCAAAGAGACACUUUUUGAAAAGAAAAACAUCGCUUAUGAGUUAAACUCACAAGUCUCAAACGGUGGCUGCAAAAUAUCUAAUGGUGAUAUUUUUGUCAAUAAUAUUUCUGAUGAAAACAAUUCUGAAUUUGCAGUCUUAAAUAAAAAUCUAACACAUGAUAAUAAAGAACUUGUUGAGGUCGCUGCUUUGGAAGAACCGGAAAUUGUUGAAUUUAAAAUUGAAACUAUCGGUGAUGACAAAAUUUCUGUAGAAAGUAAGGGGGAACUUCACCCCAAUGGACUAUCCCCAAGUGCAUCCCCUUCCCCGCAUGUGCAUGAGGUCCCUGUUAUUAUUCCCAAGCCCCCCAUAAUUAUUGUUGAUAAUUUGGGUGAAACUCAACCUCAAAAAGAUGAAUUGUUAAAUGGAAGUCCUAAUGCUGACUCAUUAGAACUUAGUGCAUUGCAUGAUAACACUUUAAGUGUAGAAAAUAACAAUAAUGAUUCAAAAGAGACCGAAGAAAAUGGCAUUGGUUUUAGUUCUGAACUGCCACCCAUCUCAGAAAUCAUAGUGAAUAAUUCCACCCCAUCUGGUGGUUUAGAAAUUGAUGAUGGUGUAUCAAUUGAAAAUGGUGAUGCAGAUUUAGCUGAUACAGCUUUGAAAGAAAUUGAAAAACUUAGCAAGCCUAAUUCUACUAGCAAGAGCACCUUAAUUAUUCAUAGUGUUCAAAGAGUUGCUCAGGACAAAUCUGGGGAGUGGCAAGAAUAUAGAGAGCCAAAUAACCAUGUCUCUGAUAGCCUUGAAGCUUCACCAGCUAGUCAAAUUUCAAAAGAUUCUCGCACUUCUUAUUCAGAAAGUGUGCCUUCAUCUCCUACCCCUGAUCGAACUCCCAAUGGAAGGUCUAGGCCCACAGAAAAAAAAUCUUUUAUGGGAACCUUGCGUCGAAAACUUAGCUUUCACAAAGCAAGAUCUAAGUCUGUUGAAAACCGAUCAGAAGCUCCUUCUACUUACAGCCAAGCAAGCAGUCGUAGUGCUUCUACAGAUAGGGUGAGGCACCUAUCCAAUCAAAAGUCACCAUUUAAAGAAAGACUGUUAGGUCAAUUUUUGAAUGUUCCAGGCAGUACUCGUAGUAGUAUAAGUGAAGCCUCAGGUGUUAGUGGUCUAUCAACAAGGACAUAUAUUAAUGAAAAUUCAACCCUAGUUAUUGAAACAAAUGAAAACGGAAUCAUCAAGCGCUACCUAAUACCCAAUUCUCUAAUACAUAGAAGUAAGUGGAAGAAAAAAGGUACAAAGCUGCACAUUUACAAUGACCAUGUAUUUAUUGCAAAGCAUUUGCCAGGUGUAACAGUCUGUCAAGUUUGUCAGAAAAGCUUAACUAGGCGGCCUGGUAAACAAGGUUACGAAUGCAGAGGCUGUAACCUGCAAUGUCAUAAAAGCUGUCAUGUUAAAGUUGAAGAAUUCUGUUCAAACAGCUCUGUUAAUUCCAUGGAAGUUGAAUAUGUUCAUGAUCCGAAAACAGCCUCACCCAAAUCUAUUUAAGGAUUUAUUUGACUCUUGGACCGAUUGGUAGAUUCUUUAUUUAGUAACUUGCCUCUAUAGGAAUGCUGCAAACUAAAAGCUUUUAAUGUCUUUCAUGUACGAAUUGUUCAAAAAAUGGGCAAUUAUUGAUUGAAUUUUUAAGAUUGUAUCUUUUAUAUUUAUUAGUAAAAGGUUGCCAGAAAUCAUAGAUUCAAUAGGGAAAAUAAAACAUUUCUCCUUUUUAAAAAAAAAAAAAAUAAUUAUAUGCUUCUUUUGGAAGUUUUAUUAUUUUUUAAAUUAUCUCAAAUGUUUUUUUUUAAAAUUAUUAUUAUCUGCUGUUUAUAAAAAUGUCUUUGAUGCUUAUAUACAGUAUUUUAUAAAGUAUUCAUUUAAUUUUUUCAUGUUACCAUUUAUGUUUUGUCUUAAUAUUAUUUGAAGAACUUCUAUAAAAUUAUUUUUAAUGUUAUCAUUGAUGUGUACCUAUUAUUUUUGUUUGAUUGCUGUAGCUAUAGUCUAAUCUUAAAUUAUCAUGAAAGAUUUCUUUAGUCACUAAAAGCAGUAUUAAUUCUGAAAUCUUUGAAUUAAGUAAAAUUCUGGCAACUUUUUUGUGACUUUAGUAGAAUUUCAUAAAAAAAAAAUUACUGUUUUCUUUAAUACAUUUUUCCCAAAUAACUUUUUGUAUCUUUUCUGCAUUUCAUUUAUAAAUUAGAAUGUUUGAUAGACAGUAUUGUUGACAAUCUAUGCCUGUUGGAUGUGUUAGAUUUUUAUGAAUGUAUGUUCCUGUAUUUUUAUAAGCUUAAAACAAUUACCAGGUGAUAUUAAAGUACUUAUUUUAUCAGAAUUUUGAUUAUGGAGGUUUUAUUUGUUGUUUAUGUUUUUUAAUUUUAUUUGUCGUUUUUGUUCAAAAGUGCUUUCAUAAUUUUGCUAAAUUUUAUUUUAAUUAUCAGUGUUCUUUGAUUUUUAUUUUUACUUGUGACAAAUAAAUUAAUCUGUAAGGUAUUCUGUAAUGACUGCUCUUAAUUUAUAUUGUUUAUUCUUGCUAAAAAUGAAGUGAAAAAAUUUAGCUUCUGGCAAAUUAAUGUUUUGGCAAUAAAAAUGCUACCCGUACUGGACAA